UUUGGAAGAAGAAAAACAAAAAUAUAUAAAAUACGACAUUUAUCCAUCGUCCAUAUAUAUCCCUGAUUUCCACCCUGCAACAUCACUUGUAUGCUUCUUGAAUCAAUCACCAACCGUUAUAAAACCUAUGGCUCCACCAACUGCUAAAAACGCCAACAACCAAACUAGUUAUGGUGUCUUGAAGGCAAACAGCUUGCCUAGGCGUGCUUACGUCACAUUCUUGGCUGGCGAUGGUGACUACUGGAAAGGCGUGGUUGGUCUCGCUAAGGGUCUCCGGAAAGCGCAGUCGGUGUACCCGCUCGUGGUGGCUGUCCUGCCAGACGUACCGCUGCACCACCGAAACAUGUUGUUGUCCCAAGGGUGUAUCAUUCGAGAGAUUGAGCCGGUGUACCCGCUGGAAAACCCGAGUGGGUUCGUCAUGCCGCACUACAUCGUUAAUUACUCCAAGCUCCGUAUGUGGGAGUUUGUGGAAUAUAGCAAGAUGGUAUACCUGGAUGGAGACACAAUGGUGUUCGAUAACAUCGACCAUCUGUUCGACUUGCCAGACGGCUUUUUCUACGCAGUUAUGGACUGUUUCUGCGAGAAAUCAUGGAGCCACACCAACCAAUACAAGGUUGGAUACUGUCAACAGUCGCCCAAAAAGGUCCAGUGGCCAGAGAAAGAGCUCGGCCCAAAACCACCACCCUACUUCAACGCGGGAGUAUGUGUCUUCGAACCAAAUCUCUCCACCUACAACCUCCUGCUCGAAAAGUUAAAGGUGGCCCCAACAACACGUUUUGCCGAGCAAGAUUUUCUGAACAUGUUCUUUCGAGAUGUUUACAAGCCUAUCCCAAACGUCUACAACUUGACAUUGUUGAUGCUAUGGCGCCAUCCGGACAACGUGGAGCUAGAGAAGAUCAAGGUGGUGCAUUAUACCUGUGCGGGCGAGGCCAAACCGUGGAGGGUUACUGGGAAUGAGGAGAAUAUGGAUAGGGAAGAUGUUAAGAUGUUUGUGGACAAGUGGUGGGAGAUUUAUAACGAUGACAAGUUGGAUUACUGGAGGGGCUCGUAUACACUUACGGCGACCGAAAGUAAACCACCGUUGGUGAUCAAUGGACGGAGAAAUGGUCGAUAUGCUGCCGGCUCAAUGGCAGCUUAGACCUACAAGGCAAGAUAUCGAUAAAGCGUGUCCUUAUAUAGUUUAAUGUGUGAUAAUCAAAGGGGUGCUGUAUGUAAAGAACUUUAUCAUGAAAUGUAUAAAAUUCGAAUCGAAUACGAACAAAUAUUCGCAAAAA